UGUGAGCGGCUCUUCAGGUCACCCUGCCUCUCCGCUCAGCCCCACUGCUGACAGCUCCACCGAAGCCGGAACGAUCGUACAGAUGAACAACAGAAUACUUGGGGAUCACAGAAACCCGGACUCCAGUCAUCAUCAUCAUCACACUCGACACUUAAACAAGGCUUUAAAACAGUUUUACAACACGAGUAUGGUGACUGUUUGAAAAGAACAAAACAAGAUGCCGCAGAAAGACACGCUGCUAAAUCUCUUCGCCGGAGGGUGUAGUGGUACGGUGGGAGCCAUCGUGACCUGCCCCCUGGAGGUGUUGAAGACACGGUUGCAGUCUUCUAGCCUUGCCCUCCGACCUGUCUUCCAGGUCCAGCUGGGCACAUUCAAUGGAACCGGAGUUAUCCGACCCGGAACUGUUACGCCGGGACUGCUGCAGGUCCUACGAUCAAUCCUAGAAAAAGAAGGACCGAGAUCACUUUUCCGUGGCCUGGGGCCGAACCUUGUUGGUGUGGCCCCUUCAAGGGCCAUUUAUUUCGCUGCAUACUCUAAAUCUAAAGAGAUGUUCAAUGGGCUGUUUGUGCCUAACAGUGGUGCGGUGCACAUGUCCUCUGCUGGUGUUGCAGCUUUCGUUACUAACUCUCUGAUGAACCCCAUCUGGAUGGUCAAGACCAGGAUGCAGCUGGAAAAAAAAGCCAGAGGAGAAAAGAAAAUGAACGCUCUUCAGUGUGCCCGCUACGUUCACAAAACCGAAGGGUUUCGUGGCUUUUACCGAGGCCUGACCGCAUCAUAUGCCGGCAUCUCAGAGACCAUGAUCUGCUUCCUCAUCUACGAGACACUGAAGAAACAGCUUGCUGAGAGCCAGUUAUCCUCCCGGAAUAAUGAAAAGGAAAAAGGAGCGUCAGACUUCCUGGGUCUGAUGUUGGCAGCUGCAUUUUCAAAGGGUUGUGCGUCCUGCAUAGCCUACCCACACGAGGUCAUUCGGACACGGCUGCGUGAGGAGGGCAGCAAGUACAAGUACUUCUUCCAGACCGGGAGGUUAAUAAUGGUGGAGGAAGGCUAUGCAGCUUUUUAUAGAGGACUCAUUCCACAGCUUAUUAGACAAAUCCCCAACACAGCCAUCGUCCUCUCAACAUAUGAACUCAUUGUCCAUCUGCUUGGGGAGUCCAAGUGAUGAAGUGUGAGAAAGUUGGGAUUUUUUUCCUGACUAUGGACGCUGAAUAAAACAAAAGCUGGGCGAGAGACUUUGAAUAUGCAGCACAUGCAUUUUUGAUGUGCUGCCACAGAGACUAUACUGAUGGAACUGAAGCAGGUUGUACCUGUUAUCCAAAGAGUUAAACGCAUCAUUUUAUUACAAGCUUAUCGUUAAGAGUUCAGAAUAUUCAGAGAGUCAGAAAACCCCAAAGUUAUUGUACUUUUGAUUCAGACUCUUAAACCUGUGAAAAAAAGGUCAUCUUCUUGGAGGACUAGUGUUAAGUUAACUAAAUUAUUUUAUGUUUUGUUGUUUUAUUUUGUCAGAGGUAAAUGUACCCACUCACAUGACAGUGCAAUUGGACUCAUUAACUUUGAUGGAGGGAGGUUAUUAAUAUAAAGUGCUAGUUUUAUUGCUGUUCUUGCAAUUUUCUGACUACACAGAUCAUUUUUGGAUUUCUGAUUCACAAAUACACUGCUCUGGUUUUUAGGUUUGAAUAGCAGAGAAAUGUAUCAUAUUUUUCAUUAAUGUAUACAUAAAACAUAAUUCUGUAUAUUAGGUUAUCUGUAUGUUUUCUUUGUGAAAGAGAUUUGUCAACUUUUACAGGAUAAUGAGAAGUUGGAUGCUUAUUUGACCAGUGGCUCAAUAAAAUGCAUUAAGAAAAUAUCAGCUGGUUUAAAGUUCUAAUGUCAACAAAAUGUCACAAUGUUACAAACCAACAAAAAUCAUACUGUCUUACUGACUAUAAGCACACCUAAGGACAGCUCUUCUACUGGGAAAAAAAAGAACAUGAGGGACACUUUGCCCAACUCUUACGUCCAAAUAGAUUGAUUUGAUAUAUAAGAUCUCUGUCCAUUGGAUAUUCUUUGCACUUGAGGGAUUCUCCCUAAACGUCAGCGUCAGUCAGCCUUUUUUUGGAAAUGUCAAAACGUUCUUUCGCCUUCUCAUAAACUUACUAUUGUUUUUUCUUGUAUUGAUUGCUUCCUCUUCAAGUAAACAAGUCUUCCAUGUUUUGUUUUUACAUGGUCCUAUAAAAAGUACUCACCCCAGGUACUUUUUUAUACUUUGUUACAUAAGAAUACAUUAAGCUUCUAUGACCCGGAUCAACCUAUUAAAAAACAUUUGUUGUUCAAAUGAA